AAAAUUACUUGUAUUAUGUUGAUAUUUUUUUUGGUUAGUGGAAAGGUAGAAGGCCAGCCCAAUGGUGACACAAUCCCAGCUGAGCAAGCCAACCCUUCAGAUGACACUGUUGCUGGUGCUGGGACUCGUCAGAGUGAUCAGAUAGUGCAGAAAAUAGAGGAAGUGCUCUCUGGAGCCCUUGAUACAGAGCUGCAGUGCAAAUCAGAUGUAGACAAAAAUACUGUGAAAAAUAGUACUCAGUCUACGAAAAGAAGCUCUACUGCUGAAGAUGAAAUUCCUAGGAAAAAAUCAAAGAAGAACAAGAAACACAAAAGCAAGAAGAAGAAGAAAAAGAAGAAGAAAAGGAAGAAAGAGAAGAAGCAUAAAAAGCAGCCAAAGGAGUCAAAGUUGAGUACACGUCAUGGAGAACAUGCAGACUUGCAGCCUGCUUCUCACUUGAUGCCAGAGAAAUCAAGCUCCAAAUUGAGCGUACAGCAUGGAGGAUUUGGAGAUGCAAAUCUGGCUGUCCAUGUGCAGCCAGAAGAACUGUGCUUAAAAACAAGUGAGGAGCUUGAUAGACAAGCUUUAGGACUUGUUUCUCAUUCAAGAAUUGAUUCUCAGCAAUCUGUGGAAAAUCUUGGAAGUGAGAAGGGGACUUUGUGUGCAACAAACCCUCCAUUUAAUUUAGCAGGCAGCCAAUCUGAUAUCCAUGAAAAUGCUAGUAUAACUCAAACUGAAAUUUGCACUAGAGAAGAACAAAUUGAACAGUCUCACGAAAGUAUUUAUCCUGUAGCUAUUAAUGCGAGUGAAAAGGGUGUUCUUGUUGAUACUGGAAAUGAUACUUUGUUUAGCAUCCCAUCUGGAAUUGCCAGUAAAUCUGAAAUUCAAAAAGAUGCAGCAGCAACUCUAGCUUCAGAAGUAACAGAAGUUAUUCUGAAAUCUAAAGGCACUGGGGAAGUAAAAGCUUUAGAUACAGCUCUUGAGUCUGAGACCAUGGAGGUGUUGAAAUACUCAGAAGCAUCUCUACAGCCUGUUGCGCAAGGGGGAGCAAAAGAGUUAGAUGCAACUUCAGCAUCUGUGUCUUUGGCAAGUGAUGUGACAACAAUUCCUACAUCUGCAAAUCAGGCGGAUCUGAAUACUGUGAAGGUAGCUCACGUGUCUGUGGCCAUGGAAGAAGUGAAAAUUCCAGAAGCAACUGAAAAAUAUUUGCAUAUGGGACACGUGAAAAAUGUGGAAACACCUUUGGAAUUAGGGGGCGUGAGCAGAACUUUGGAGCCAGCCCUGGAGCCCUCAGUUAUAUCUGAUAAUUUGAGUGUGAUGCAGUGCAGCCCCGCAGAGGGUUCAGGUGUCUUGGAGGCAGAUGUAUCAUUGCAACGUCCUUUUGAAAUACCUACAGUGACUGGUGUGACCCAGGUGGAAUUAAUAAGUGCCAAAAUACCCCUGGGACCAGGAGCUGUUACAAAAGUGAAGGAUACUGAACCAGCUAGGAGCUCUGUACAUACAGAAAAUGUGAAAGCUUUGGAAGAAGCUCUGCAGCCAAUUGCUGUAGUAAAGCCCAAAGCUUUGGAAACAAUCAUGGAACCUGUGGGUUUUAUAGCAAAAGAUGUCAAAACAGCUCGAGAAUGUCUGCAAGUUGAAGUAGUCAAAGAUACAGAAGGUACCACUAAUCCUGCAACCGUGCUGAACGCAUCAGGAGUGUUCCUACAACCUAAAGUCUUGACAGAAACAAGAAGUGUGGCUAGAACCCAGGAAUCUGCACUUCCAGCAGAAUUGACAGAUGUGAGUGUGGUUGCAGAGGCAAAAGGUUUAAGAGCAACUUCAGAACCCGUAGCGGCAAAAGAUUCAGAAGGUACUUCAUUACUGAGACAACCAGAGGAGCUGAGUGAAUCAAAUGUGAGAAGUUUGGAAGCAACUCCCCUGUCUUUGCAGAAAGAAGAUGUGAAAGGUCAAGGAGGAGUCCUAAGACCAAUGACUGUGGUGGAAGCAAAAACUUUGAAAACGGCUUCUCUGUCUUUACAAAUGGAAGGUGUGAAAGCUUCAGAAGAAGCUGUGCAUUGUGGGACUGUGGCCAGAGGUUUAGCAGCAACACUGGAUUCAACAGUGGUGUCAAAAGGUUCGGAAAUAACUCUAGGUAGCAUGGCAGGAGUAGAAGCAGGCUCAGAUGCUGGUCUCCUAGCUAUGGAAGUUGGAUCUGUGAGACCAGUGAAAAGUUUGGAAACAACUGUAAGACCUGUAGCAGAUACAGAAAGGAGUGAUUCAGAAGCAGACCGUGACAGAGCUGAGACAGAGAUGAAGAUUUCAUCAUCACACCUGCACAUGAGAAGUGUGAAAGAUUUAGGAGAUCCAGCAUAUGUAGGUAUGGCAAAGAUACAAGCUUUGGAAGCAGUCUCGCAGCCUGGAACCCUUGCAGUGGCAAGGGGCUUAGGAGAAACUGUGUGUUUUGAAGCCAAAAUGGGUAGCAAAGCCUUGGAAGCGAGUCCAGGACUUCCUGCCUUAGAAGAAAGGUCAGAAAGGACUCCUGAAUCUGUGGUUCCAUGUGUAAGCAUGGAACCAUCUAGAGAGGCUGAGGCAUUAUCAGGAAUGACACAUGUGAAAACCACAGCAGAGAGAGAACUAAAACAUGCAGAAACAGUUAGUGCAAGCAAAAUGGAGAGUUCCAUCGUUUCACAGUCUCAGGUCAUGACACAUGUGAGAACCUCACAAAUUGAGGUGCUAGGGGAGGUAAAGCAUUCUGAACUAGCUACCAGUUGUGCCAGUGUAGAAGUGAGAGAUUUAGGCAACUUGUCAGAAGUUGAGGCAGUUUCAGAGGUAAAAGAUGUGGAAGCAAGGUCAAAAACUUCACCCUUAACACAGAUGAAAAAUUUGGAAAUGGUUGUGGGAUGUGAAACAAGGACACUAAUGCAACACUCAGGAAGGACAUUGGCAUCUGAGAUGGUUAGAGAAAUGAGGCAUUCUGAAGUUGCUCCAGAAGAUCCAGACAAAGCAAAGGCAAGGAGCAAAGAAGCAAUACUAGAACCUGUGCAAGCAGUGACGGUGCAAACUUUAGAAACAAGUUCAAAGUCUGUACGGGAACAAAUAGUAGGUCAUUCAGAAGCAGUAUUAGAGUCUUUGCCCAGAGCGGAAGAAAAAACUGUGGCAUCAGAAAUAGUGACAGAAGUGAGAAACUUGAAAGGAACUUCAGAAUCUAAAAUUACAACAGAUGUGAGAACUCAGGGACCUACUGUAGAAUACAUAAUUGCAACAAGGAGGACAACCACGAGAAAAAACGAGCCCUCGCUUAUCAAUGUAAAAGACUUGGAAGAAGCUUCAGAAACUGAUAAAGCAAUGAAAGGAAAAUAUUUGGAGCCAGCAUCAGAAGCUAGAGAAGCGACGUUGCUGGAAAGCAUGAAAGAGUCUGCAACAGUAGAGGUGAAAGGUUCUGAAACAGUCGAAGAGCCUGAGGUGCACAUGGAUGUCCAAGGCUUGGGAACUUCCCAGAACUCUGGAAAUGUGGGGGCAAUGAAUGUUUUAGAGGAUGCUUCAGAAGCUGUUCCAGAUUCUUUGCACACUGAAAAGCAAGAAUAUCUGCAAGCAGUUCUAGAAGCAAAACCUGCUGCAGAAUGGAAGAGUACAGAAGAGGCUCCAGAAAUGUUGAGCGCUGCUGAAAUGAAGUCUGAAGCAGUUCCAAAACCAGGGGACAUGAAAGAUCUGGAAACAACACUGGAACAUGAAGUGGCAGCAGAAGUACAAUAUGCAGAAGGGGUGCAGGGUCAACAAAUAGAAGAUGUCAGAGUUCCAAGUCAAGCUCAGGAAUGCGAGAUACUGGUUGAGAAGAAAGAUGCAGAGCAAAUUCAAGCAUCUGAACCUUUAGUACCGGGAACAGUUUUUAGUUCUUCACAUGCAGCAGAUGAAAAAGAUGCAGCAGGGACUCCUGAAUCUGAAAUAAUUGGAGACACAAACCAGUUGGAAGCGGCUCCAGCUCAUGUGGCAGAAGCAAAAGAUUUGGAAACAGCUUCUGUUCCUGAGAUCGUUGUAGAGCUGAAAGAUGCAGAAGCAGCUGUGGGGCUGGAGCCAGAGGCAAAAGAUUUGGAAGCAGCUCCAGUACCUGAGACUGUUACAGAAGGUGUGGCAGAGGCAAGCCAGUCAGAAGUCGUUCCAGAGGCUGAGGCUGUCAGAGAAGCAACUCCAGAACGGGAGUCAGAGAAAAGAGAUUCAGAAACAUCCGAUGUGCAACCUGAUGUGGCAGCACGAAUGAGGGAGACUCUGAUGAGACUCGAGAAAGUUGUUGAAAAAAGUAGCCAUAGGAGCAGUGAUAAAAAACACGAUGCAAAGAAACAAAAAAGGAGUCGCUCCAAGUCUCAGUCCAGGUCGAGGAAGCGGAAGAAAAAAUCAAGGUCUCGUUCUACUUCCAGGCGUUUGACCUCUAAAAGAGCACGUUCUAGGAGCAGAAACUAUUCGGUUUCCAGAAAAAAGCAUUCCAAAUCUAGAUCCCGAUCUGUGGAGAAGAGAGAGAGAAGAGUGUCUUCCCGGAGGUCCAGACGCAGACGCUCCAGAUCGUCUGACCGUUACAGGUCUAAGUCCAGAUCAGCAGAAAAGAGAGGGAGCAGAUUGUCCUCUGGGAGGUCCAGACGUAGACGUUCCAGGUCAUCUGACCACUACAGGUCUAAAUCCAGAUCAGUGGAAAAGCGACUGUCCUCCCGAAGGUCCAGACGUAGACGUUCCAGGUCUUCUGACCGCUACAGGUCUAAGUCCAGGUCAGUGGAAAAGCGACUGUCCUCUCGAAGGUCCGGGCGCAGACGUUCCAGGUCUUCUGACCGCUACAGGUCUAAGUCCAGGUCAGUGGAAAAGCGACUGUCCUCUCGAAGGUCUGGGCGCAGACGUUCCAGGUCAUCUGACCGCUACAGGUCUAAAUCACGGUCAGUGGAAAAGAGGGGGAGCAGGUUGUCUUCCUGGAGAUCCCGCCGCAGACGUUCCAGGUCCUCUGACCGUUCUAAAUCUAGAUCCAGGUCUUCAGAAAAGAGAGGGGGUAAAGAAUACUCAUGGAGGUUCAGACACAGGGGGUCUGGUUCUUCUGAUCGUUCGAAAUCGAGGUCAAGAUCUGUUGAGAAGAGAGGUCGGAAGGCAUCUCUGCGGAGGUCUAAACGUCAGCGCUCAAAGUCCUCUGACUGUUACAAGUCUAGAUCCAGAUCAGUAGAAAAAAGAGAUCGAAAGCAAUCAUCGCGGAAGUCUAAACGUCAGCGCUCAAAGUCCUCUGACCGUUACAAGUCUAGAUCCAAGUCAGUGGAAAAAAAGAAGGAGUCCUCACGAAAAUCUAAGCGUCGUCGCUCAAAAUCUUCUGAACAUUACAAGUCUAGGUCUAGGUCUGUUGAAAAAAAGCGCAAGGAAUCUUCUAAAAAAUCCAAACGGAAACGUUCCAAGUCCUCUGAUAGUGUUAAGUCAAGGUCCAAAUCUGUAGAAAAAAGAGAGAGUAAGUUAUCCUCAGUACAGAGUAGUAGCAAGCAUGUGGAGUCUUCUGAACUUCAGGAGUCAACCAAAUGUCUUGAAAAAGUAGGAGUUUCUGAACCUUCUUUCGCAAGUGAAGGCAGCUCCUCCAAAUCCUCUAAUGGUCCCAUGUCAGUAGCUUUGUCUGUUGAAAGAAUAAAUGGCCCAGAGCUGCUGCCAGCAUCUGAAAGUGGAUUUUCCAAAACUUCUGAGAGUCCUGAGAAAAGCUCCUCAUCUCUUGAAAAAACAGCAGAUCUGCAGCCUUCUGUGCUGUCUGAAGUUGAUAGCUCCAAAAUCCCAGAUGACCAGGAGUUGAGAUCCAUGUCUGUGGAAAAAACACAGGCUUCAGAGCUUUCUGUGACACCUGAAAAUGAAUCAGCUGAAAAAGCAGUGGCCAUGGAGUCUUCAUCACUACAUGAACUUACAUACUCCACAUCCAAGUCAAGAUCCUCAUCUGUUGAAAAAAUGGGAGAUCCAGAAACUUCUUCAGUAACAGAAUUUCAUCUCUCUGCAUCCCAUGAUGAGCCAAGAUCUACCUCUCUCAAAGAAAUAGAGGGUCCAGAGCCUCUUCUGACACUUGAAAGUGGAUGCUCUAUAUCUUCGGAUAAUUACAGGACAAUCUCCUCAUCCUCUGAAAAAACAGAGGAUCAGGGGUUUUCUCUGAUGUCUGAAAGUGUGCUCUCUGACUUGUCUGGUGGUCAUGAAUUGAGACAUACCCCUGUUGAAAAAACAGAGCUUCAGAAUUUUUUGCAAGUACCUCAAAGUGAAUCUUCCAAGUUGGCUGACAGCCUUGAGACAAGGUCGCUAUCUUCUGAAACAGCAGAGGCUCAGGAAUCUUUCCUAGCACCUGAAGUUACAUGCUCUGCAUUCCCUGAUGUCUGUAAGUCAGCCUCCUUGCCUGUUGAAAAGGGCCAGAUGCAGGAGCCUGAUGGACAUGAAUCAGGAUCCAGCUUUGCUGCACAAAUAGGGGAGCUUCCGUUGAUGUCUGAAGGUGGGUCCUUCAAGUCACCUGAUAGAAAUGAACAAAGAUCUUUAUCUGUUGAAAAAGUCAAGGCCCCAGAUGUUUCCCUGACAUCUGAGUGUGGUCCUGUUGAGAUGUCAGAUGACCUCAUUUCAGCGUCAUCUUUUGAAAAAAUGGGUGAAGUUGUACUGACAACUGUAGGACAAAGCUGCAAAUCUUCUGAAGCUCAUGAGUCCAGAUCAUCUGUUGAUGGAGAUUUAGACGGUCCAACACUUCCACAAGUACUUGAAAUUGACUGCUCUGAAUCUUCUGAAGUGCAUGAGUCGAGGUACCUGGCUGCUGGAAAAAUAGAGGGUACAGGAUCUUACUUGAUGUCUAAAAGUGGAAUUCCUGUGUGCCAUGAUGGCCAUAUAUUGAAACACAAUUAUUUUGAGAAAACAGAAGGUGCAGAACUUUCAUUGGCAUCUGAGCUUAGGUGUUCUGUCUUCCCUGAAGGCUAUGAAUUGACACCCACUGCAGCUGAAAAAAUGGAGCUACAGAAGCCUCUUCUUCCGCUGGAAAGUGGAUUCUCCAAGUCUGCUGAUGUCUGUGAAUCAAUAAGCACACCUACUGAGAAACUACAGGCCCCAGUGACUUCUCUGACAUCUGAAGGUGGGCUUCUCCUGUUGUCUGAUAGUCAUGAAUUGAGACCUAUCCAGGCUGAAAAAGUAGAGGUGCAAAAGUCAUCUGAACUGAAAUGCGUUGUAUCCCCUGAUGACCACAAGUUGAGAUCUACCUAUGAUGAAGAAAUACAGGUGCAGGAGGCACCUCUGAUACUGGAAAGCAGAUGUUCUGUUUCCUCUCAUGGUCAUGAGUUGACAUCCACCCCUUUUGAAAAAGUUGAGGUAGAGGAGCCUUCUCAAAUGUCUGAAAAUGAAUACACAAUAGAGCUUGAUGGCCCGGAGUUGACUUCAACCCCUGCUGAAAAAAGAGACAUGCGGGAACUUUAUCGGGUGUCUGAAGAAAGGUGUUCUGUGUCCAUCGAGAGUCAGGAGUUGCAGUCACCUGCUGUUGAAAAGAUAGUGCAAGAGCCUGCUCUGGUGUCUGAAAAUGAAUAUGCUAUAUCUUGGGAGGGCCAGGAGUUGAGAUCUAGCUCUCCUGAAAAGGUAGAGAUGCAGGAGGCUUCUGUAGUACCUGACAAUGAAUAUGCUGUGUCUUCUGAAGAUCAUGAAUUGCCAUCUUCCCUUGCUGAAAAAACAGACGUACAGGAGUGUUCUCUGCUGUCUGAAAAUGAAUAUGCUGUAUCGCCUGAGGGCCAGAUGACAACCAGCCCUGCUGAAAAAGAGGUGCAGGAGCCUUCUCUGACAUCUGAUAGUGAAUACACCAUCUUUCCUGAAGGCCAAGGAUUACAGUCUAGCCUUGAUGAAAAAACAGUGGUGCAGGAGACUUCACUAAUACCAGGUAGUCAAUAUGCUGCAUCCCCCAAAGGGCAGGAGAUGCUCUCUGCUCUUAGUGAAAAAACAGAGGUGCAGGAGUGUUCUUUGCUGUCUGAAAAUGAGUAUGAGGUAUCCCCUGAAGGCCAUGAUUUGCGAUCCAGUCCUGUUGAAAAAGAAGAAAUGGAGGAACCUUCUGAAACAUCUGAAAGUGAAAGUUCAAUGUCCAGUGAUAGCCAGGAGCUGCAGUCUACUGUUGUUGAAAAAACAGAGGUGCAGGAGUUGUCUUUGUCUGAAGGUGAAUGUGCCAUGUCCCCUGAAGGUCAGGAGCCGCAGUCUAGCCCUGCUGAAAAAGUAGAGGCUAAGGAACCUUCUCUGACAUCUGAAAAUGAACAUGCUUUGUCACCUGAAGAAUAUGAAUCAAGAUUGCCUCAUGCUGAGAAAACUGAGGAUGUGGAUUUUUUGACAUCUGAAAAUGACCAUCGUUUGUCUUUCGAGAGCCAGGAGGUAAGAUUCACCCCUGUUCAAAAAGCAGAUGCGCAGGACCUUUCUCCAGCACCCGAAAAUGAACAUGCAGCAUCCCCUGACGGCCAGGAGUUGAGAUUCCACACUGUUGGAAAAGUAAGUGAUCUCGAACCUUUGACACUAAACGAUAGAUCCUCCAUGUCCCCUGAUGACAGUGACUUGAAAUCUAUCCCUGUUGAAAAAACAGAUGAUGCAACACCUUCUUUAAUGCCUGAAAGUGGGUGCUCCAUGUCCCCUGACGGCUACAGUGUGAAAUCUGGCCCUGCUGAAGAAACAGGGGAUCUAGAGCCCUUUUUGAUAUCCGAACGUAGACAUUCUGUAUCCUCAUAUCAGGAAGGUCAUGAGCUGAAAUCUCCCAUGGAGGAAGAGGGUCUGGAGUCCUCUUUGACUUCUGAACAUAGACGGUCUGUGUCCCCUGAGGGCCAUGACCAGAAAUCCACCAUAGAUGAAGAAAUGGAUGAUCUGGAGCCUUCUUUGACAUCUGAACACAGGCGGUCCACAUCCCCUGACGAGCAUGAGUCAAGAUCUAGCAUUGGUGAAGAAGCGGAGUAUCUGGAGCAGCCUUUGACAACAGAACGUAGAUGCUCAGUGUCUUCUGAUGAGCAUGAGUCAAGAUCUACCACUGGGGAAGAGGCAGAGGAUGCAGAACGCUCCUUGACAGCUGAACGAAGAGAUUCCACAUCCUCUGACGAGCAUGAGUCGAGGUCUACCACUGGUGAAGAUAUAGAAGAUGGGGAGCCCUCUUUGACAGCUGAACGCAGACACUCCACAUCCUCUGAUGACCGUGAGUCAAGGUCUACAACUGGCGAAGAAAUAGAAGAUUUGGAACCUUCUUUGACAGCUGAACAUAGACGCUCCGUGUCUCCUGAUGGACGUGAGUCAAGGUCAACCACUGGUGAAGAAGCAGAGGACCGGGAGCUCUCUUUGACAGCUGAACGUAGACACUCCACAUCCUCAGACGAACAUGAGUCGAGGUCUACCACUGGUGAAGACAUGGAGGAUAUGGAACCCUCCUUGACAGCUGAACGAAGAGAUUCCACAUCAUCGGAUGAGCAUGAGUCAAGGUCCACCACUGGUGAAGAAGGAGAAGAUGUGGAACCCUCCCUGACAACUGAACAUAGACGUUCCACAUCCCCUGAUGGGCGUGAAUCAAGGUCUACCACUGGUGAAGAAGGAGAUGAUGUGGAGCCCUCCUUGACAGCUGAACGAAGAGACUCCACAUCGUCAGAUGAGCGUGAGUCAAGGUCUACCACUGGUGAAGAGGGUGAGGAUGUGGAGCCCUCUCUGGGAGAUGACGAUAAACAGGAUUCCAUGCCUCUUGAGAGGUCGGAGGAACAGGACUCUUCCUUUAUACCCGAAAGUAGGCGUUCUGAGUCUUCUGAACGUGAAAAAUCUAGAUCCAAAUCUGUUGACAAAAUGUCUGACAGAGAGUCUUCGCGGAGAUCUAUAAGCAGACCCUCAAAAUCUCCUACUCUCCAAAAGAGUCGAUCCACAUCUGUUGAAAAAGUGGCAGACAAAGAGUCUUCCCGGAGAUCCAGACGUAGACGUUCCAGGUCUACUGCUCACCAGAAAAGUAGAUCCACAUCUGUUGAAAAAGCAGCAGACAAAGAGUCUUCGCGGAGGUCUAGACGUAGACGCUCCAGGUCCACUGCUCACCAAAGGAGUCGAUCCACAUCUGUUGAAAAAGCAGCAGACAAAGAGUCUUCGCGGAGGUCUAGACGUAGACGCUCCAGGUCCACUGCUCGCCAAAGGAGUCGAUCCAAAUCUGUUGAAAAAACAGCAGACAAAGAAUCUUCACGGAGGUCUAGAAGCAGACGCUCCAGGUCUUCUCAGCGCAGAUCCCAGAGAUACGAUACAGAAUCUCGCUCUAGACGGAAUCGCUCUAGAUCAGUAACACGGAGAAGAGCAUCAAGAUCAAAAUCUAAUCGUCGCUCUCGUUCUAGCUCAUUGUCACGUUCAAGGCACAGACGGAGGAGUAGGUCAAGGUCAGCAUCAAGGAGGCGGCGUUCUUUAUCAAGAGACAGACGUAAGAGAUCUCAGAGAAAUAGAUCAAGAUCUACUGACAGAAGAAGAAGAAGAUCAGAUUCAAGAGAUCGUAGAAUAUCACUCAGAUUACGGAGCAGGAGUCGAACACCUAUUCGUCAAAGGCGAUCAAGAUCAAGAGGAAGACGACGGAGCUCUAGUAGGUCACCAAUUCGACUACGGCGAUCAAGAUCUUCAGGGAGAAGAAGGUACAGCAGAUCACCCGAUCGUCGUCGGUCAAGGUCAUCAGAACGAUUUUCAAGCAGGUCACCUAAACGUCUUACAGACUUGGACAAGGCCCAGCUACUUGAAAUAGCCAAAGCUAAUGCAGCUGCGAUGUGUGCUAAGUCUGGUGUUCCCUUACCACCAAGCCUGAUGCCUUUGUUAUCUCAAAAGAAAGACGACAAAGCCAAUCAGAAGUCAUCAAGAGAUACGCUAAAGGAGCUCACUGAGAAAUGCAAGAAGAUUGCUCAAAGCACAGAUGAUGUGAUAGUGAACAAACCUCAUGUUUCUGAUGAAGAGGAGGAAGAACGUCCUUUCUAUAAUCAUCCUUUUAAACUCAGUGAACCCAAACCUAUUUUUUUCAAUUUAAGUACUCCCAGCAUAAAACCAGCACCACCACCACAACCAAAAAAUCAGGUCAGCCUGUCAAAGGAAUUUCCUGUUUCAUCUGGGUCUCAACAUAGAAAAAAAGAAGCAGAUAGUGUCUAUGGAGAAUGGGUUCCAGUUGAAAAAGGCAAAGAAGACGGCAAGGAUGAUGUUUUCCCCAAACCAUCCAUUGAGGGCGUGGACAUAACUACAGCUAUGAAUGAUCGAGCAGUGGCUCAGAAAAGGCUUAAUGAAAACACAUUUGAUUUAGAGGCCAUGUGCAUGUUAAAUCGUGCACAGGAACAGAUUGACGCCUGGGCUCAAUCAAACUCCAUACCUGGCCAGUUCACAGGAAGUACUGGAGCACAGAUACUGUCCUCGGAUGAGCUGACCAACAGUGGUCCCCAAGCAUGGAUUAGAAAGGAUCAGUUCUUAAGAGCAGCCCCUGUAACUGGAGGAAUGGGAGCUCAACUGAUGAGAAAAAUGGGCUGGAGAGAAGGAGAAGGGCUUGGAAAAAACAAAGAAGGCAGCGUUGAGCCUAUCAUGGUCGAUUUUAAGACAGAUCGGAAAGGGCUUGUUGCUGUGGGAGAGAAGGCACAAAAGAGAUCUGGACAUUAUGUUGUGAUGAAGGAUCUUUCAGGUAAACAUCCAGUUUCUGCGUUGAUGGAGAUCUGUAACAAAAGAAGAUGGUCACCACCUGAAUUUGUGUUGGUGGAUGAUAGUGGGCCUGAUCAUCGCAAACAUUUUAUCUUUAAGGUGAGAGUCAAUGGAAAUGAGUACAGGCCUACUUUUGCCAGCCUUAACAAGAAGCAUGCUAAAGCCACAGCAGCAACUGCGGCUCUCCAAGCGAUGGGACUUGUACCAAAGGAAAGCAUGGUUAAUACCACCAUGUUUAGGAGUGCCUCACACCGCUAGAUAUCGUUUUUUAUAUUGACAUUAUUUCAGAUAAUUUUACUCUGCACAAAAAUGGUAUUUGCCCUUUCAUGUUGUAAAUACAUUGGCAAUUCCCACGUUGUAAAAACUGUACAGACACCUUCAGGUUUUUCUUUUGUACCAUCAAAAUGUAUUUAAAUCAUACUUAGUUUUUGGUAUGUUUAUAUUGUUUACAUUAGUGAUGUAAUUAUUUCUUAAAUGACUAAAUCGGAUGACAGACUCUGGAGGCAUCAGUAAUCUAAACCCUUGUUUUAAAAGUCAUGCAGUUUCCCUCCAAUACGGAAUGUUAACACUUUCAUACUGUUUUGUACUAUGCUGCAGUUUUCCCUGGUCUCGGUAAAGCUACUCUUGCACUUUUGCCGACAGCUGGUAAAAGGUCGUGCGGCUUACCUUAGUCUAGUCGAGGCUGGCGUGUACUGCUGGACAGAUACCGGGCCAGUACUGUGACCCCCGUGAGGCGGCAGGCGGCGGCAGCCCUGUUGUACAGUGUUAACGCUGCGGCUUCGUGCUGCGUUUCGUUUUGGGGGUUUAGCUCCGCGGUGCACUGCAACCGGCCGUACGGCCCAUGCUCCAGGACACGCGCGAUUAGGCAAAAGACUUGCUUGCAGAGGGACGGCAGAAAGUCCAGCAGUGGAACCGAUGAGACUCGCAAUGUAAAGGUGACUCUCCCUGCAUGUUCUGAGAAGGGAGACGGUGGAGUCGUCUUAUUCCAAACAAAUUAACACACUGCCUGAUGUUGAUUGUAUGAAUUUGUGGUUAAUGUGAAUUUUAAACUCUAACAAAUCUACAACUGGAUUCGGGGGGGAGGGAGGGGAUAGAAUGAUGCUUAAAUUGUUGUACCCAACUUGGUCAAUAAAGCAGCACAAGUUCAUAAUCUUAAUCACUGGUCGGUAAACGGUAAUUAAAACGUAUGCCAAGACAACUUUCUGAAGACACGCACAGUAUGAAAGCACGCUUUAUGAAGAUUAUCGACAGCUGUUAGGGUUGCAGAAUCAGUUCUAGUCGGUUUUGGUUGCUUUGUGGACUAUUACCAAAUCAACUCCUUGGGCUUAAAUUUCCUGUAAUGGUACUCUGCCCUCAAG